GAUGGAACAAAAUCAUAAAUUUAAAUUAUAAAAAAUAUCGGAUUUUAAGAAAAUUAAAACGCAGGUAGAAAUAGCCGUUGCACCUCGUCAAAUAAACGGUCAGCAUUCUCUAAUAAUUCAAUUCAAAACCUUCUUCUCUUUUAUUCGUUAAACCUCACUUGCUCACUCCUUCAAACCCAAAUUCGGCAACAGUCAUCGAAAACCAGAGAAAGAAAUACAGAGAAUGGGUUCUGAGAAGCGAGCGAAAGGCGAGGAAGACGAAGGUGAAAUCCCUGUGCUGACGGUGCUCAAGAACAACACAAUCCUCAAGAACAUCUUCAUCGUCAACAAGCCGCCGGAGGAGCCAGAAAAGGCGUCACGUGGCGAGCACGUGGAUGUUCUCCUCGUGGGGCGCCACCCCGACUGUGACCUCAUGCUCACGCACCCCAGCAUCAGCCGUUUCCACCUCCAGAUCCGCUCCAAGCCAUCCACACGCGCCUUCUCCGUUGUCGAUUUGUCUUCCGUGCACGGGACGUGGGUGUCGGGAAAGAGGAUCGAGCCGAUGGUGAGUGUGGAGAUGAGGGAGGGGGACGUCCUCAGGAUCGGGGUUUCCAGUAGGGUUUACCGUCUACAUUGGAUUCCGAUUAGUCGCGCCUAUGAUUUGGAAAAUCCGUUCGUUGCGCAAUUGGAUGUGGUUGCCGAAGAAGAAGAAGAAGAAGAAGAAGAAGAAGAGGAGGAGGAGCAGGAAGAGAAAAUGCAGAAGUUGAAUGGCUAUCCUGCUGAAAUGGAAGUGGAUUCAAUUGUUGAGGAUAAAAGUUCCUUAUUCCCGGAUGAGAAUGUAAAACUAAUUGUGGAAGUGGAUUCAAUUGUCGAGGAUACAAGUUCUUUAUUCCUUGAUGAGAAUGUAAAACUAACUGUGGAAGAGGAGAUUCACUUGGCACCUUGGAUGCUGGAAGAAAAGAAGAGCCCAUCACAAGAGGAAGCAAUUGGAACCCAAAUAUCUGAUGGUGAAAAAAAUUUGGGUGACUCUGUAAGUCAGGUUCUAUCACCACCUUAUGUGGAAUCACUUGUCCAAGGUCAUGUCAUACUGACAGAAAAAUUGUCUGAGACUUUAUGUUUGCCAGCUGUGGAAGCUGUUUUGGAGACCAAAAUGCUGCAUUACCAUACUCCACAUAAUACACUUUCUUCCUCAUUACCACCUGGUCAUGAAAAUUCGUUUGAAAAGCUUCAUUUCAACUUGCCUAAAGAAACCGAAUGUGAAUAUGAAUGUACAGACAGAGAUGAUGAAGGUGUUGUAGAUGCCUUUCCAGUUCCUGCGCCUCUUGAUGAGAAAAGUUUAGCCGAAGAUGUAAUACUGCCUAAAGAAUCUGAAUCCGAAUUUGCCCUCAGAGACUACUAUAGAAGCACGUCAGAUGAUUUUACUGCUGGAGGUGGAAAUAUGGAUUCUGUGGAUAUGUUGCCACCAGUCAAGGAAGCUGUGCUAGGAACACUCGAUGAGCAGAUUAAAAUUGUUGACAUAGUUGCUAUUGAUUGUUCAUCUGACAUAGACAAGCAAGACAUGUAUAGAUCACAGUCACAGCUGGGGAAGGAUAAAUUUUGUCAUGACCGUAGGCACUCACUCAAUGAAAUAACUCAAGAUGUUAGAAACAAGUGCACAGGUAUCAUCUCCUCCCCCACAUCACGUCAGAUAGAGUCAGUCAAUUUAUCAAUGACACAAGAAUUAGUUUUCAAUAUUAUGAAUAAGGACCAGACCCUGCAGUCUGAUAUGGAAAUCCUUGAAAGCUGUGUAAAAGCAGUGGAGAAAACUUCAACAAAUCAUAAUAUUUGGUCAAGAAGAGGUAAAGCUGAUAGAGCUCCUCAGGUUCGAACUAGCAAGAGCACAGUUAAGAGUGCAGCCAACGUUGACGCUGAAGUUGCAAUGAGCAAGGAGAAGGAUAUCAGAAAUAGAACAGUCGCAAAGAACCUUUUCUCUGUACAGGAUGGGGAGGUAGAGGAAGAAGAAAUCUUCACUCCAGAUAAAGAAAAUUUCAGUCCAAAUACACUCCAGAAGCGAUUAUUGAAGGAGGAUAAAGUAGAAGAAAUUAAACAUUCCAGGUCACAAAGGUCACGAUCCCUUUCAAAGCAUCGAAGUGAAAGCACCGCUUUAAGGAAAAUGAACCAGAAGGAUAUCAUAAACAAAACAAUUUCAAAGGAUCUUUUCUCUGUUUCGGAUGGGGAGAAAGAGGAAGAGUUCUUCGCCCUGGAUAAGGAAAACAUUAGUCCAAAUACCCUUCAAUUGAGGCUUCUGAAAGAGAAGGGUAAGGUAGAAGAAAUUAACCGUUCCAAGUCAGAAUGGUCACCUCUUUCAAAGGGGGGUAUAUUUAAUCUAUAUCCAAAUGAAAGAACGGGAAAAAAUACUACAAUCUCAGACUUCAUCUCUGAUUUGAACGGGGAAGAAGAGGAAGAAGAAAUCAUCACCCCUAAUAAGGAAAACAUCGGUCCAAAUACCCUUCAAUUGCAUCUCCUGAAAAAUAAGGGUAAGGUAGAAGAAGUUAAAUGUUUCAAGUGUCAAAAGUCACCCCUUUCAAAGGGUACGUUUAAUCCUGACGUGUAUCCGAAUGAAAGCAUAGGCCCAGCUUAUGGUAAACUGAACCAGAAUGAUAUAAUAAAUAGCUCAAUCUCAGUCGAUCUCAUCUCUGAUUUGGAUGGGGAAGAAGAGGAAGAAGAAAUCUUUUCUCCUAAUAAGGAAAACUUCAGUCCAAAUACCCUUCAGUUGAGGCUCCUGAAAAAUAAGAGUAAGGUAGAAGAAAUUGAAUGUUUCAAGUCUCAAAAGUCACCCCUUUCAAAGGGUACAUGUAAUCCUGACAUGUAUCAAAAUGAAAGCAUACUGAACCAGAAUGAUACGAUAAAUAGCUCAAUCUCAAAAGGUCAUUUCUCUGAUUUGGCUUGGGAAGAAGAGGACGAAGAAGUCUUCAAUCCAGAUAAGGAAAACUUCAGUCCAAAUGCCCUUAAAUUGCGGCUUCUUAAAAAGAAGGAUAAGGUGGCAGAAAUUAAACAUUCCAAGUCCCCGUGGAAAGAAAAUCAAAAGUUGCAAAGAAAGCCUUUUUGCAGCCAAAUCAACUUGGCACAGGAGCAACAUCUUGUGACAUCAGAGGACAGAGUGCAAAGGGUACCUUUCCAAUCACUAAAUAGCUCAGCAGACAAGGGAAAAUCAAACACUUUUUCCCCUGUUUCUUCAGCCAAAAGCUUUCAUUUCAGUAAUUGUGGACAAAUUUUAGACCAGCACAUUAACCACCCUUCAGAUAUUAGUGGGGUGCCAAAGAAGAGUAGCUGGGACAUGAUUGUGGAUACUACUUCUCUUGUGAACAAGGAAUCAAGGAAAGCUCUGCAGCUUCUACAAGGCCUCAAGGGGACUCGGUUAAUCAUUCCAAGAUUGGUCAUAAGGGAACUGGACCGUAUGAUGCGACAGUUCAAAAUCUUCAGAAGAACUUCAGAGGCUUCCUUGGCAUUGGAAUGGAUUGAAGAAUGUAUGGUGAAGACAAAUUGGUGGAUUAAAAUCCAGAGCUCAGCAGAUGAAGGAAGGUUAAUUGCUCCAACCCCACCUGCUUCUCCCCAGUCUCAGUUUAGUGAAGACAGUGUAAUUUCUCCUUCAUACCAGAAAUGCAUGGAAAUUGCUUCACCAACCUUAGAAGAUCACAUCCUUGACUUUGCUCUUCUGUAUAGAAGAAACCAAAAUGAUGGACAACUUGUCCUACUCAGUGAGGAUAUCCCUUUGAAAAUCAAAAGCAUGGCAGAGGGUUUGCUUUGUGAGGCAGUGCAGGAGUUUCGUGAGAGUCUAGUGAAUCCAUUCUCUGAGAGGUUCUUGUGGACCAAUAGCUCUCCUCGAGGACAGACCUGGUCUUGCAAGGACGACGUGGUCUUAAGAGAGAGAUAUUAUCGUGCUCCUUUGUGCAGGUCAUCAAAGACAACUGCAAGCGGUUUGAAGCUCAUUCUGCUUCACAAUUCCAAGUAUGGGCUCUGAGCCACUGACAAAAACAGUUCAGUUGAUCCUGCUGAACAGAGAUAUUGAAUUCUUUUUUCUUCUAAGAAACAUGACCAAUCAAAUCAGAUUUUGUUCAGCUUGGUAGAAAGCAAUGGGUAGCUUAAAAAAUAACCAAUCUGUUAUCUAGAAGGUUAUAACAGCAAUUAAUGGAAGAAAAAAUUGUUAAACUUAUUU